CUGACGGCUCCGCGAGGAGAGGAUGGGUGGCCCGGGCGACCCUUGCAGCAGCAGUUCCGCCGGGCGCUCGUUCCCGCGACCCUGGCCCGGGCCUCAGCUCACAUCUCCGCGACCCCGCCUCGCCUCGACCGGGAGCUUCUCCCCUCGCCAGGGCCGGAGGCGCAAGCGAGGGCGGGCCUCUGCGCCGAGCGGCCAAUGGGGACUGAGCCUGGAGGCUGGGGCGUGGCGGCCCCGGCGCGACGCCUCGAGUGGCGGUUGUUUCAAGAUGGCGGGUGCGGCGGGCCCCUCCCUGCCGGGCUCGGCGUUCUGGAGCCGCGACUUUUCUGAUGAAGAACAAUCAGUAGUUUAUGUUCCAGGAAUAUCCACAGAAGGAAAUACAAGAUCAAGACUCAAGUUGAUAAAUCCAAAAGUUGAUGUUAAAGUUAAGGCUUCCAGGGUGACUGAUGCUUCCAUGGAGUCUUUAAAAGGUGCAGGAGAUUUGGUAGUUGAACAGAAUUUCUGCAAGGAAGGAAUGAAGAGUGCAUCACUGAAAGAUUUAUGUCUUGAAGACAAAAGACGCAUUGCCAACUUAAUUAAAGAACUGGCCAGAGUAAGUGAAGAAAAGGAAGUGACAGAGGAACGACUGAAAACCGAGCAGGAAUCCUUUGAGAAGAAGAUCCGGCAGUUGGAAGAGCAGAAUGAACUGAUCAUCAAAGAAAGGGAAGAUAUCCUUUUGAAAGUUUCUUUCAUUUUUAUGUAGAGUAAGUUUGACUCUUGUAUGAAGAAAUUGUAUACUCCAGAGAAAUAAUUGUUCUAAUUUAUAACAGGGAAUAAAUCUGCAUGUGCUGCCAUUUCUGGGCAAUCAGAAAGACACUUAGCAGCAUGUGCUGUUGCUUCCUUUGUGCUUGAUAAGGCCAUCCAGCUGUUCUGCUGCUGUUAUUGCUCGUGCAGAACACAUUUAUCAACUAAAACAGACAAUAAGAAAUUUGGGCUUUACCACAAAACGUUGCAUCUUCAUUAAAUCCCCCCACUACUAUAAUAGAGGCUUAACUUCCUCAUAUUUAGAAUUCUUCCUAGGUAAAGUUUAAACAGUUGAAAGGAAUCCUGUUCUGUUAUAAACAUGAAAUGAAAAAAAAAAUCUAGAAGCCAG